AUAAUAAGAAGAUGGCGAGAUGCAAAUAAGAGUACACAAAAUUUAUUAAAAACAAAAUUAAGAGUACAUUGGCUUGCUUCAAUCCAAAGUAGAAAACAAAAAAACACAAAGAAUGAAAAUCCAUAUUCUCAAAUUACUCAAAUUAAAGAAUAAAGACCAAAUCUUCAAGGUAGGAGUGCCAAUUACACAAAGAUUGGUUUUUAGCCAUGGUUUUACUCUCCCCAAUGACUUAAGCUUGACCCUUUAGCUUUGUGGAAGAGGGAACAACAUCAUCACCCCAUUCCAGUGUAUUUCCCAAGAAAUUCACAAGACCAACUCAAACAAAUCCACCGCCCUUGGUAUCCAAUAAAUCAGCCCAGGUAGAAGGUUCCAUGGUCAGCACCAGUAGAUCCCAAGCAGUAGCGAAAUCCAGUAGUAGGUGCAAUUUCAACCUGUACGCAGCACCUGUACACAAACUGUCCUCAGGUUAUUGCACAGCAGCUCCAAGUUCCGUGCAGCAGCAGCUUCAAAGCAAUUCCAAAGCAGCAAAACAAACCCGAAGCAGAAAGAGACCACCAUCUCCUUUAAGUUGGAACACCAAAAUCAGGGACCAAGGUAUGAAAGGAACGGGUAGUGGUAGACCAAACCACAACAAACAGAAGUCACUCAGUGCAAGGGAUAAGUUGGUCUGCCAGCAACAUAUGCGUGCCAUCCCAUCCCUCAAGAAGACUGAGUUCCGCAAACAAACAGCACAAUGGAGUAUGCUAUUCGAAAAUGGCAGCACUCGAGAUCAUGAUUUGCCAACAGCAGCUUUGGGUGGCUCUCCAACGAAGUAGUCUAGCCAAACCCAGUGAUGCCACAGAAAACCAUUCCAGGCAGCUGGUUGUGUCCUAUUUCUCUUAACAAUACCAUUACAGCUUCAUGAACAAACACUAUAAGAAAUAUGUCCUUUAAUGAGAGUAAAAGCUGUAGUUAAAGAAAGAAAAACCUUCAUUAAAAAGUUUUAAUGAGAGGAAAUUUACUCCUAGAUUCAUAAGUUAUCAAAGAAGCCUACUUAGUUUUUUGUAUAAAUUUAUGGGGGCGGGGGAUUAGAGUUUAAGUCAAAAUAUCCCUGUGUAUAUACUUACUGGAACAUCAUUACCAAUCAGAGACAAAGAAGCAGCAUCAACCUAUUCAGUAACACCGUCAUCCAAAGUUAUCACAGAUUUGCUAGUGGUCAAAACAGCCUUCUCGGUUUCAGGAGACACCAAACAAUCCUUAGUAUUAUCAGGAGGGACAUCCACAGAAGUUAUAUCCUUGGUUGGAGUAUAGGUUCAGAAGCUUCCUUGGACCGUACUGCAAAAGUUGCCUUGUUGGAAGGUGAGCCAUUUCAUUGAACGUGUGCCCCCUCCUAUAUAUGAAGGAUUGAACAAAAUACUCAUUAGAUGUAUCAUUUGACUAAAUCUAAUGAGAAGAAUUUAAAAAACUUCCCCUCGCUGCUUCUUAGCCACACAUCAUCAUCAAGACUAAAACGAAAGCUUUCUCCCAAAAAGAGAAGAGAAACCACCAAAAUAAAUUGAAGUCCCUUCACGCAAAUUACAAGUGAGCACUGAAGCUUUAGUUCCCAAAUUGAAUUCAGUAAUGAAACACUUUUCGAACACAAUCAAGAAGGCAGUAGAGUAGCAUAUGUGACAAACUUCGUCACACUCUGCAAAAGAAUAGGCAAAAUCAUAUCUAAAAAUUAGAAAAAUGUUGAGAAUCAACUCUGAUUUCUUAU